AAAAAUCAUCCACAGAUUCAGAUUCAAAUUAUUGACAGUAUAUUUCAACUAGACUCCACUCCUGAGAGACUUUGACAGACACUACUCUAUAGUAUUGCAUUUGAAUUUUGUUUGCAGUUAAAAUGAAUAAAACAGAGUUCUCUGUUCUGGUCAGAGAUGUGGCCACAGGAAGAUGGUUUGUGGUAUUUAUAUGUUUUCUGAUCAUGUCCCUUGCUGGGGGGACUUACAUAUUUGGUAUAUAUUCAGAAGCAAUAAAAACAGUUCUGGGCUAUGAUCAAGAAACUCUGACCACACUGGGAUUUUUCAAGGAUCUUGGAGGGAAUGUUGGAAUUUUGUCUGGUCUGAUAAAUGAAAUAGCUCCAGCCUGGGUGGUCCUGGGCAUAGGAGCCCUCAUGAACAUCACUGGCUAUUUAAUGAUCUGGCUCUCUGUCACCCAAAGGAUUGCUAAGCCAAAGACAUGGCAGAUGUAUUUAUAUAUCUGCAUAGGAGCCAAUUCUCAGACAUUUGCCAACACAGGAGCUCUGGUCACCUGUGUGAAAAAUUUCCCACAGAGUAGAGGAAGUGUGCUUGGAAUUCUCAAGGGAUUCAUGGGUUUGAGUGGAGCUAUCUUCACUCAGAUAUACCAUGCAAUUUAUGGUCAGGAUGACAGAGGCUUAAUCCUGCUUCUGGGUGUCCUCCCCUCUGCUGUAUCUCUGCUUGUCAUGUUAAUGGUGAGACCCACAAAAUCUGUCACAGAGAAGAAUGAACUGAAGCACUUCUACAGUUUUCUCUACAUAGCUCUUAUGCUUGCAGGCUUUCUCAUGGUUAUGAUUGUGGUGGAGAACAGGCUGAAAGAUUUUCCACAGUUAGGCUACCAAAUUGUUUCUGCUUUAACCAUACUAUUUCUUUUGUCCAAUCUUGCUGUUGUUGUCAAGGCAGAGAUGGACAACAUGAAACUGCAGGAUUGGGUCUCUGUAAACUCUCAAAAAGACAUAAAAAACAAUGUAGAAGAGGAAAAACAGAGCAAUGGCGGGAGAGAAGAGGAGCCCAAUUCUGUGAAAUACCAUUUUACAAAAAUCUUCAAAGGCCCACCAAGGGGAAAUGACUUCACAAUCCCUCAAGCUCUAGUGAGUGUGGACAUGAUAAUCCUUUUCUCAGCAGCAACUUGUGGGAUUGGAGCAACUUUAACAGCCAUUGACAACAUGGGUCAGAUUGGCAGAGCAUUGCAAUACACCCCUGUGAAUAUCAGCACCUUUGUUUCCCUCAUCAGCAUCUGGAGUUUCCUUGGGAGGGUAAUUGCAGGAUUUCUCUCUGAAUUCCUCUUGCAGAAGUAUAAGUUUCCAAGGCCUCUUAUGUUUACAGUGGUGUUACUCAUAGGCUGUAUUGGGCAUGUGUUUAUAGCAUUUGCUCUUCCUGCUUCAUUGUAUGUAGCUUCCAUAGUUAUAGGCCUGUCUUUUGGAGCUCAAUGGCCUCUCUUGCUUGCUAUUAUCUCAGAGCUCUUUGGUCUAAAGUAUUAUGCUACCCUUUACAAUUUUGGAGCUGCUGCAAGCCCAUUGGGGUCCUAUCUUCUCUCAGUCAGGGUGGCUGGAGCUCUAUAUGAUAAAGAAGCCAGAAAGCAACAUCACAUUUCUGAAUCAGUGUUGCAGGCAGCUCAUGCACCUUCACCAUCUCAUAACCAGUUGGGUUGCAUAGGACACCAGUGCUUUCGCCUCAGUUUUAUCAUAAUGACACUGGUUUCAUUGUUUGGGGCUCUCAUUUCAGGCAUUCUUGUUUUUAGGACAAGGAAGUUUUAUGCAGGGGAUAUCUAUGCUAAGUUUAGAGUUGAAGCUGAAAAGUCCCAGGGAGAGGAUGAUAGAGUUAAUUAAGAUUUUGUUUCAACCAUCAUAGCCAGAUAAGAGAUGGUGCAAUUUGCUGGAAUAUGGUUAUCAAUAUUUGAAGAAGUUAUUGUUGUUUUAGCUAAUGGAGUUGGAGAAAUUAUUUAUUGUUUUCACAGAGAAUUUUCGGCCCUGCAUAUCACAGUCUUCUUUGCAAGCAUAAUGGGCGAGCUGGAAUUAUAACUGUGUGGCUGUGUCUCAAAAUCUUCUUAUUUCAGGUGAUCCAUUUAUAUUGGAGCACAAACUUGAGACCAUUGUCUGUGAUUUUCAAUGGCUCAAUCAUAUUAUUAUUGUUAUUG